CUUUUCUUUUUAUACGUAACACAAAUGUCGUUUCACGACAUUCAUAAAUACUUUUUAUAUGUCAUAACAUCUCUGAUUUGAUUUGACCAUUUCAUUAACGUUUAUAUAUUGACAUUCAUGAAAAUAUUUCCCCGCUCAAGAGAAUGUGGCCUUUGAUAGUGAGAUCUUUGGGCAAGUUCGGUAAAUACAUAACACUUCCUAUCGUGGGUAUUAUUGGAUUUAUCGGAUACAAUGUGGAGGGAUGGAUAUCGGAUCGUUACACACCUUCUACAAAGUCCAUCACGCAGCAACGGCAGGAGAGGUUACUGGAAAAUAUAGAUUCCUCGACUACCAAGCAGAAACACAAUCCUUUAGAAGUUAAUCUUUCACCGUCGUUGUCUAGUUAGGUGUGCGCUCUACCGCUAAUUCCAAUAUGGAGAAUAAUAAUUACAACACUUACAGAAAGUCUGAAUAAAUCGUUAGCUAAUAUUAUAAAGAGA